CGCCCCGGGCCCCGGAAUGCGAGCCCCGAGCCCCACAGAUUUGUGUAUGCAAUGGAUGCUGAUCUCAGUUCCCAAGACAGGAAGGACCUGGACAAGUUCAUCAAAUUUUUUGCCCUGAAGACGAUCCAAGUGAUAGUCCAGGCACGUUUGGGAGAAAAGAUUUGUACUCGCUCGUCAUCUUCCCCAACAGGAUCUGACUGGUUCAACUUGGCCAUCAAGGAUAUCCCAGAGGUCACACAAGAGGCCAAGAAAGCCCUAGCGGGGCAGCUUCCCGCCGUGGGGAGGUCGAUGUGCGUGGAAAUCUCACUCAAGACUUCAGAGGGAGAUUCCAUGGAACUAGAAAUUUGGUGUCUUGAAAUGAAUGAAAAGUGCGACAAAGAAAUUAAAGUUUCCUACACUGUGUACAAUAGGCUGUCAUUACUGCUGAAGUCUCUGCUCGCCAUCACUAGAGUGACACCAGCCUACCAACUCUCCAGGAAACAGGGUCGUGAAUAUAUCAUACUCUACAGGAUAUACUUUGGAGAAGUCCAAUUGAAUGGCUUAGGAGAAGGUUUCCAGACAGUCCAAGUUGGCACAGUAGGCACCCCUGUGGGCACUAUCACUCUGUCCUGUGCCUACAGAAUUAACCUUGCCUUCAUGUCUACCAGGCAGUUUGAGAGGACCCCACCUAUCAUGGGGAUUGUCAUUGAUCAUUUUGUGGACCGUCCCUACCCCAGCUCCUCGCCCAUGCACCCCUGCAACUACAGGACGGCUGGUGAGGAUGCCGGGGUGGCAUACCCGUCUGUGGAGGACUCUCAGGAAGUCUGCACCACUUCUUUCUCAACCUCCCCUCCAUCCCAGUUAAUGGUUCCAGGGAAGGAAGGUGGGGUGCCCCUGGCUCCCAGCCAGCCUGCCCAUGGCACCCAGGCCGACCAUGAGAAGAUGGCAACCUUUACCCCUUCUGAUGGUGCCCACUACAUAGUCACUCCUUCCAGCAGUGAAGACACUGAAACUGUUUCCAACAGCAGUGAAGGCCAAGGCUCCCCCCAUGACGUUCUGGAGGCCAUCUUGGUUAGGAAAGUGGGAGCACUUGUCAACAAUUCACUAGAUCAGGUAACAAUGACCAAUUUGGACAUCCCCUUUGCCAUGUUUGCUCCCAAGAACUUUGAGCUUGAGGAUAAUGAUCCCAUGGUAAAUCCUCCUGAUUCCCCAGACACUGAAUCUCCUCUCCAAGGCAGCUUACACUCCGAUGGGUCCAGCGGCGGCAGCAGUGGAAACACGCAGGAUGACUUUGUCAUGGUUGACUUUGACUCACUCCCCAAAAAACUGGCUGUGCAUGAGAAGAACGUCAAAGAGUUUGAUGCCUUUGUGGAGACCCUGCAAUAAAGUCGGCAUCGUCCCCACUCCCCAGCAGCAGCAGCAGCCCCUUUCUUGGACACCCCUGAGGAUAGAGACCAUUCCACCUCUCU